AUGCUAAGCCCUUCCCCGAAACCCCAGGAGACAGAGCUGUCUCUCAGCCAAGCCGCCUCUAUCUUCGACGCCUGUGUUGCAGCGGCUGAAGCCAGGGAUAUGCCAGCCGGCCGGUUGAGGCUGGUUGUUCGAGGUCAGGACCAACCUCUCCCUAUCUGCCGGGAGAGGAAGCUCUGUGACGUCACAGGCGGUGAAACGGAUCUCCUGGGCGUGAUCUCCAGACACUACGUCUUGGGACCAGGAACUGACAACUGCGAAAGCGGCCAGUUUGAGCACUAUCCACUCUCCGCCUAUGCGUCUGAGUCUGUGGAUGCUGAGGGGAUCGAAAUGGAGCUCUGCGAGGGCCAGCGCGUAAAAGGCUCCAGUGGGAGAUCACCAAAAGGAGUUCUCUUCGGCGGACUUGGCUACCCGAGCCUGGAGGGUGGCCGACUUCUCAUGCGGGUUCUCAUCCACGAUACCAGAUACGCCUUCGGAAUAGGAAUUGGCUCCGCGGACGCCAUUGUGACGAAAGAUCCGGAGCAUGAUCUUCACUUCUUGGGCCUCUACCACGGUGGUCACAGCACAAACGUCUGCGCCUAUGCAAAAAGAACUCACUCAUGCGGCGGUACCCGUGAUUGGCGGGCCUCAACGAAGCUGGCUGUGCUUCUGGACUUUGAGAAUAGCACCAUGCAGUGCUACCAAGGUCUGCAGCCCUUUGGCAAAGAGGUUACGAUCAAGCGCGAUAAAUACUGGCCUAUGGUGGUCUUGUGGACUGAAGAUGAUGACGUUAGCAUUGCUGUAGACUACUUGUAA